GAAGAAUAAGAAGAGUGGCUACACUGACGGGUCAGAACGUAAAACCAAAACGCCUUUUCUUGAGUUGUUGUUUUGAAUACAGGACAAUUAAAAGGACAAAUGUAAAAUGAUUACAUUAAUUAAGUGUUACGAGUGUCUGUUAUAUAUCCCACUGCUACAAAUAUAGCCAAGGAUGGUAACGUCUUACUGUAGUAUUAGUUACACAUUUAGUAUGAUUUCGAAUUAGCGUUGGUAUGUUUUUGGCGGAAUAAAACAUCGAUAGACAGAAAUAUCACGGUAAUAUUUCAACAACAGUCAGCGCUAAAACUGCAAUCUGAAGCAGAAGACAGCAAUGUGGGGAGAAAUCGAGCCGUGUGUCAAGCCCCAGGAGGAUGCAAACAUGAGCAGCUGUGGGACAAGCCAGAGAUGGACAGACUCUGCAGAUGUACAGCAGAAGACAGCAUUGUGGGGAGAAAUCGAGCCGUGUAUCAAGCCCCAGGAGGAUGAAAACAUGAGCAGCUGUGGGACAAGCCAGAGAUGGACAGACUCUGCAGAUGUACAGCAGAAGACAGCAUUGUGGGGAGAAAUCGAGCCAUGCACUAAACCUAACACAUCUGACAACUGCAAUGAACCUGCUGCUCAAGACAGAUGUCCUCCUGAGACGGAUCUCAAGGAAGCCCUUAACACAACAAGCAGCUCUCCAAAUCAAAAGGAUGAGCCAUCCAGCUGUCUCAGCUCAAUGAUAGAGGCUAUAGCAGCCAGUGGGAGUCCAGUGAAAAGUCAGCAGCUGGGAGAGCCAGACUUAACUUUGGAGGAGAAGAAGAAGGUUUUAAUGGAUCAGUACGAAUCAAAGCCCUUGGUAUUUCUAGAGCGCUAUCAGGCCCAUCUGAAGCCAGAGCACACAGAGGCUUUCUCACACCUGAGCAGUGACUGCAGAGUGCAGUAUUACUGCAAGGAGAUUCAGAGACGGCAAUCCAGCACAGCCGACCGGAAAAGGGUCCGUAACCAUCGUUAUGCAGCUCUCCGUGCUCUUCAGAAGGAGGGCCAGUACUUCAGCGAGGAGCAGAUGCGCGUGCGAGAUCCACUGCUGUACGAGCAGUACAUCGGACAGUAUCUCAGCGAAGAGGAGAUCCUGCAGCGCUCAGAGGAGGCCAUGAGGAGCGGCUCGGGGGGACUCGCUGAUCUGCUUAUCAACUCCUACCAGGAGAAACUGAUCCAGAACCGCCUGGAGGAGGAGCAGGAGAGAGAGCAGUGUGCAGCGGAGGAGUCUGAGGAGGAAGAAUGUGAUGAGCCCAGACAGGCAGAGUGGGAGCCGAAUGCAGAAGAGAAAGCCAUGCUGAGUGAGGAGUUCCUGAGUCAAAUGCAUCAGCGCUUCCUGGAUGGCAAGGAUGACUUCAACUACAAUGAAGUGGAUGAGAAUCCAGAUUAUGAUAACCUGGAUAUUGUAAGCCGUGAUGCCGAGGAGCGCUACUUUGAUGAGGAUGAGGAGGAAGAAGAGGAUAUGAUGCAGUAGCCCUUAAUAUAUAUAAUGUUCUCACAACAGAAAAAAUCCUUUUAAUUUGUUGUACAUUCUUUGUCAUGUUUCUACUGCUUGAUAUUUGUUUGUGUAGGUUAAAUGUGAUCAGCACCUCGCAGUCUUUAAUAAAAGA